GAAGGGCGAGGAUGGAACCCAGGGGCCUGGCCCAGCCUAUUGAUUUAGAGAUCAUGAAGAAUCUCAGACUACACUUGGUAACCUGGAAUGUGGGCACAGCUUCUCCUCCUCCUGAUGUCACUAGCUUACUUCAGCUCAGUUCACAGGGACCGAGUAUGGAUAUGUAUGUUAUUGGUUUACAGGAGGUGAACUCCAAGAUCAUAAAUUUCCUUUCUGACUUGGCAUUUGAUGAUCCGUGGAGCAUUUUCUUCAUGACCGUAUUCUCUCCUUUGGGUUAUAUCAAGCUCUCAUCUGUUCGAAUGCAGGGACUCCUUCUGCUGGUCUUUGUGAAGCAUGCUCAUAUCCCCUUCAUACGGGACAUUCACACUCACUACACGCGCACAGGCCUUUAUGGAUAUUGGGGGAACAAAGGAGGAGUCACCAUUCGCAUGUCCCUCUAUGGUCAUAUGAUCUGCUUCAUGAAUUGCCAUUUGCCUGCUCACAUUGAGAAUGCUGAGCAACGACUGGAUGACUUUGAGAAAAUUCUGGAAAUGCAGCAGUUUGAAGAUGAGAAUGUGCCAAAUAUUCUAGAUCAUGACAUUCUUUUCUGGUUUGGAGAUCUAAACUUCCGGAUAGCAGAUUAUGGAAUACAUUUUGUCCGAGAGUCAAUAAGCAAUAGCCGAUACAAUCUACUAUGGGAAAAGGAUCAGUUAAAUAUGGCAAAGAAGAAGGAAGCUUUUCUCCAGGAAUUUAUAGAGGGUCCCUUGCAGUUUAAACCCACUUACAAGUUCGACCUUCACUCUGAUGUGUAUGACACGAGUGGGAAGAAACGGAAGCCAGCAUGGACAGAUCGAAUUCUUUGGAGGGUGAAGAAUCUCUCCCAGCAUCCAUCAGAGGAUGGAGAUUUGUCUGAAGGAGAGCAGACAAUCUCUGUGACCCUGAAUAACUAUAUCAGUCACAUGAGCUAUGGCAUCAGUGAUCACAAACCUGUUACAGGAACCUUUGGGCUUCAGAUAAAGUCCCUUUUUUCCACUCCAUUGGUCACUCUGAAUCCUGAGGGUGAGUGGAAUGCUGCACAGGAUGUUCUAAUCAGCUAUUCCACGGUAUCUGAAUUUCCAAGCAGUACCUGGGACUGGAUUGGGCUCUACCAGGUGGCAUUCAGGCAUGUGAAUGACUAUGUGACCUAUGCCUGGGUAAAAGAUGAUGAAAUUUGGUCCAGUGAAGAUGUUACUCAAGUUUACAUCAGUGCUGAUGAGAUCCCCCAUGCAGGAGGAGAGUUUCUCCUUUGUUAUUAUAGCCAUAAUAUGCAGUCUAUAGCUGGUAUGAGCCAGCCCUUCCAGAUUCAGCCAAGCAGGAGAUCAGAAGAGAAGGAACUGGCACAGGAAAACAUCAAUGGCAUAGAGAAACCUCACAGUCCCGAGCCAUAUAAUGAGUUUUGAAGUCAGAACUUAGUGAUAUUGAUUCAGGUGUCAGAGAUGCUUACCUUCCCUGUGUCUUAGCAAUUAUAGACCUUCCUCUGUAGGAAAUGGAGUCAGGCAGUGCAAAGGGUCCCACAGGUAGGGCUGUUCAGAUCAUAGACUUUAAAAGCUUUAUAGAAAGUAAUUUCUUGUGGAAAUGACUCUUUCUAUUGUCGCCAUAGGAGGUAACUCUCUAGUGGUCCUGCAUGGAACCAGGGCUCUAAUGACAGCUCCUGAUCAGUGCUGGCCAACAUGAGAUCAUAGUGGAAAUCUCUAUUCCAGUGAUUUAAUCUGUAGUUGCAUUCUGCAGCAGCUUCCAGGUCUGCUGCUUUCCUGCUUUUUGUAGGAGAUAUUUUAGUAACCAUGCAGUUGACUGAUUUUUUUGUUUAUUGUUUUUUUUUUUUUAGUGUUUCAGAAUUUAAGUGAAAUUAUUUUAAAAACAAAGUUUUAUUUAUUAGAUAUACAAUUAUUGAGUUUAUUUUAAAGUAUUUUUGAAAUUUGAUGAAUAAAUGUUAGCAAAUGAUAUCUUUGGAAGCAACCAACUAUGGGGCAACAGAAGUAAUAUGAAAACAACAUAUUUGGGUCACAUGGAUUUUCCUUUGACUUUUGACCCCUUUUACUUUCUGCCCCACAUUUAAAUAAUAAUCUUUCUGAAUAAUUUUCCUGUUCGAAAUGUUAAAGACAAGCACAUAUCCAGCAAACCAAACUUUUACUUGAUUUCUGAUGCCUCUUUCAUUGGUAAUGAAAAUCAUAGAGGAAUUUGCCUAUUACCCCCAUGGACAAGAAAGACCUUUUUGUACUAGCCGGCAACUUGGAGUCAAUCCAGUAUCAUGUGGUUUCAGAAAUAAAUUGUUUUUAAAUGCUGUUGCUUAACAACAUUAAAAUAGUUCUCAAAUUGUGGUCCAUGGAGCACUUAUUGGCAGAGCUGACUGGUCACAUGAUGCUAACUCCUCCUUUCCAGCUGUUAAAUUAUAUUAAAAGAAGCUAAAAAAAUAGAUGGUUUGUUAUCUUAUUGCAAUUAAUUUGCUGGGGAGGAAGGGGUGUGAAAGUUAUAUGAAACUUUUGGGGGCCAUUCAUAAAUCUCCAUAGACCCUUAGAUUGCAGAGCCAGUAAAGGGUACUUGUUGUGACUCCUUGCUGCCAUUCUCUGCUUUCUACAGGAGGUACACAACUUCAGCAACAUACAAACUUGUGAUAAGUAAUUGAUGUUAGUUAUCUCUCAGUGUAUUGUAAAUAAUGGCAAUAGUGAAAAUACAAAACUCAGAUCAGGAAAAGGAGCUGUAGAACCAAAAGAUAUUGGUGUAUAUAUUUUUGGAGAAUAGGUGGGGGAAACAGGAUGGAUUCCUUCCUGCUCAUAGUCUUGAAGCCUUGGCUAGCUAUCUUAGGGCUUGUCUACGCUACCACUUUUGUUGGUAUAAUUUAUUUAAAUUUAUAUAAAACACACCCCUGAAUUACAUAAGUUACAAUGACAGACAUGCUGGUGUGGGCAGUGCUAUGUUGGCAGGAGAGCUUCUCCCACCAACAUAGCUACCGCCGCUCGUGGAGGUGGCUUUAUUAUGUUGACGAGAGAGCUCUCUCCCGUUGGCAUAGAGUGGCUACAUGAGCGAUCUUACAGUGGCGCAGUUGCAUCGGUACAGCUGUGCCGCUGUAAGCUCGCUAGUGUAGACAUGGCCUUUGGAGUUAGAAAGUGAAUUCCCUGGUAAUUGAAUCUGUCUUAAGGUGCUGUAGUUAUGGCUGGUGUAUAAGAUGUUCUGGGUGAAGAAAGCCUUAGCUUUAAGCUUUGGAAAUAGCAGCAUGUAGAAUGCUCUGGUUAGCUUGUCAGAGCUUUUUGGAUUAAAGACCACCUAGUUUUUGAGGUUUCUAGUUCCCAUAUAGUCAGAUUUAUGUUGUCAGGUGUCUGAACUUAAUGCUUUGGCACUGGGAACUGUUCACUUGCCAACAGCAAGUGUGGGGGCAGAAGAUACUGUGUACCAGCACGAGAAUUAAUACAGCUCUUAAGUAUAAAACAUGAAAAAUGUAAUAAUGUUGAUCGUCUGCUAUAAAAUGAGAUUACGUUGUAUUGUCCUAUUUGUACCAUUGUUGUGUAAAAUUUGCUUUACACUAAAGAUAACUUUUUCAAAGUUUUCGUUUUCAAUAGAAAUAUACUAAAUGCCCCUACUGCAUCACGAAACUAACUGUAGUUUUUAAGCUCUUUUUUUCUGAAUUUGAAAUUGAUUGUAUAAA